AUGAUCGGCUCCAGCGUCAUGUGCCCGGUCACAUACUUGCAGCUCCAGCGACACAUCAUGUGCAGCAAUGGAGGCAUGUACCAGGGAGUUUGUAGGGGCGACGAAGGCGGUGCAGUCAUAGCAAAUUACCCGCUGCUGGGCUUCGUGCUGAUGGCAGUGGUCAAAGGCAAGGUGCCGGCAGCGAGGGUGACGGAGCCGCCCGAGCGCGUCAUGGACCCCACCUGCGGAGUGCCGACUGGCGCCAGCAUGUACACCUUCGUGGGUUACUACAGGGAAUGGCUACUGGAAAACAUCGCAGACGCGAGGAUCUACGAAUACUGGAAACCUUACCUCGGAAACAGUACAGUGUAUGGGAACAGUGUCCAGAGCGGGAACCGUGCAGUGAAGGGGAACCAGGUGUGGAAACAGGGAUUGGAACUGCGUGAGGAGUCCACGGGUUCCUCAGGAGCAAUGGCGUUGAUGUCGCUGCGUCUAUUCGUGGUGGCGCUGUGCCUUCUCCUCCUGCCAGCGGAGAGGUGUGGCUGGCAGUCGCUGUCAGCCGUGUGAAGUGGCGCUGGCUCCUCCAAACCGAGCCUGCUUUGUUAUGGCCCGAGCAGUCAGUGACGGCUGUCUUCGUAACGAGAAAUGUCUAAAGAUUUUGGUGAUAUAGGUCCUACAGUAAUGAAACUGUGUUAGAUUAUUAACUUAUCUUGGAACACAAUGUGUGGAGGUAAAUUAAAAAGUGUUUUAAACAU